AUGGCUACUGAAACUCUUGAACUUGCUGCUGAUCCUACUCAUCAGGAAUUCGUGAAGCAGGAAAAGGACGAAGCUAUUGCAGAAAAGAUUAAUUCCUUAGCAAAUGAAGAUGGAGAUAAGCCCGAUGAUGCACAAGGUCAAGCUACUCCUCCAUCCACGACAGAAGAAGAUGAGGUGAAGGCUGAGCUUGCAGCAGCAGAGAUCAAAAAGGAGGACAAUUCUUCAUUGAAGGAAUUUGUGAAGCACGAAAAGGACGCAGAUAUUGCAGAAAAGAUCAAUUCCUUAGCCAAUGAAGGAGACCAGCCCAAUGAUGCACAACAUCAAGCUACUCCUUCGUCCACGACAGAAGGGGAUGAGGUGAAGGCUGAGCUUGCAUCAGAAGCAAUCGAAAAGGGUGACGAUUCUUCAGCAUUGAAGGAAUUUGUGAAGCUGGAAAAUGACGCAGCUAUUGCAGAAAAGAUCAAUUCCUUAGCCAAUGAUGAUGGAGAUCAGCCCGAUGAAGCACAAGGUCAAGUUACUCCUUCGUUCACGACAGAAGGAGAAGAAGUGAAGGCUGAGCUUGCAACGGAAGAGAUCAAAAAGGGUGACGAUUCUUCAGCAUUGAAGGAAUUUGUGAAGCCGGAAAAGGACGAAGCCAUUGCAGAAAAGAUCAAUUCCUUAGCCAAUGAAGAUGAAGACAAGCCUGCCGAUGCACAAGGUCAAGCUACUCCUUCGUCCACGACAGAAGAUGACGUGAAGGCUGAGCUUGCAUCGGCGGAGAUAGUAAAGGAUGAUGAUUCUUCAAAGCAAUUUGUGAAGCUGGAAAACAAUGAAGCUAUUGAAGAAAAGAUCAAUUCCUUAGCCAAUGAAGAUGGAGACAAGCCUGACGAUGCACAAGGUCAAGCAACUCCUACAUCCGAGGCAGGAGAUGAGAUGAAGGCUGAGCUUACAGCUGCGGAGAUCAAAAAGGGCGACGAUCCUUCAGCAUUGAAGGAAUUCGUAAAGCUGGAAAAGGAUGAAGCUAUUUCAGAAAAAAUUAAUUCCUUAGCCAAUGAUGAUGGUGACAAGCACGAAGAUGCACAAGGUCAAGCUACACCUUCCACAACAGAAGGGGAUGAGGUGAUGGCUGAGCUUGCAUCAGAACCGAUCGAAAAGGGUGACGAUUCUUCAGCAUUGCAGGACUUUGUGAAGCUGGAAAAGGAAGAAGAUAUUGCAGAAAAGAUUGAUUCCUUAGCCAAUGAAAAUGGAGACAAGGCUGACGACACACAAGGUCAAGCUACUCCUUCCACGACAGAAGGAGAUGAGGUGAAGGCUGAGCUUGCAUCAGAAGCGAUUGAAAAGGGUGACGAUUCUUCAGCAUUGAAGGAAUUUGUGAAAUUGGAAAAGGACGAAGCUAUUGCAGAAAAGAUCAACUCCUUAGCCAAUGAAGAUGGAAACAAGUCUGACGAUGCCCAAGGUCAAGCUACUCCUUUGUCCACGACAGAAGGAGAUGAGGUGAAGGCUGAACUAGCAGCAUCAGAGAUUGAAAAGGGUGAUGAUUCUUCAGAAUUGACGGUUUCUGUUGAAGAUAGUCUGAAACCAGACAUAGUUGAUGAUGCACAAAAUUCAGCUGCAGAGAAACGAGAUGAAGAGAAAGCUGAGCUUGCUGCAGCUGAGUUCGAAAAGUCUGACGACUCUUCAGCAUUGAAGGCUUCUAUUGGAGAUAGUCCAAAACCUGACAUAGUUGAUGACGCACCAAAUUCUGCUGUAGAGAAAGUCGAUGAAGAGAACACUGAGCUUCCAGUUGCUGUAGAAAAAACUGACAAUUCUGUGCCAUUAGAACCUGUUGCAGUUGUAGGCAAUGUGGAAGAGGUGAAAGAUUUAAUUCCUGAAUCACAGCCCAUCAGUGUUGCAGAACCAGUGCUUGAUGCAGCACUAAGCCAGCAAGACGAGCCAUUAUCGACCAAACCUGAUGUGAAGGAAACACAACAAACGAUUGAAAAGGAACCUGUAGAAACUGACGAAGAGAAUCAAUCCAAAACAGAAAACGUUCCAGAAGCUGAAAUCAUUGAAAAAUCAGUUGACACCACUGAAAGUUCAAGUGACACGACAGAGACUAUUCAGUCGGAAGUAAAUGAGGUGAAACAGGCUGAAAUUUCAGAAACACAUUUCGAAAAGGAGUCCGAGCCUGUAGCCACAGAAGAGAGGGAAGUAACCAAAGAACCAGAACAAGAAUCGCAAGAAAAAUCAGAAGAGGCAGAGCAACCAAGCACAAUUGCAAUUGUUGAACCCUCAGCUGAAGCUAAUGAGGAAAAGACAUCAACAUAUAUAGCGGAAGAGACCAACAACACCAACGAUGAAAUAGAGCCUACAGAAAAAGCAAAAGCAGAAUCUGUGGUUACUGAAGUUGAGCUAACAGAAACAAAAAGAGAACUUGUGGUUGCUGAAAUUGAGCCCAUGGGAACAGUAAAAGACGAGCCUGCAGUUACUGAAGUUGAGGAAAAUAAAAAAGAACCAGAACAGCAAUUAACAGAAACAAGGGAAGAUGAGCAACCAAACACAUCUUCAAUUCCUGAACAGUCUGCAGAAACUAAUGAUGUCGUUUCUGUUGAAGAAAAAACAAGAGAAUUGGAGUUUGAGGCACUGUUACUGAAAGAUACAAACAACGACAAUGCAGGGCCUACUGAAACAGAGAAAGCAGAGCCUGUGGUUACUCAAGUUGAGCCCACGGAAACAGUAAAGGAAGAGCCUGCGGUUACUGAAAUUGAGGAAAAUCAGAAAGAACCAGAACAACAAUCAACAGAACCAAGGGAGGAGGAGCAACCAAACACAUCUUCAAUUCCUGAACAGACUACAGAAACUAAUGAUGUCAUUGCUAUAGAAGAAAAAACAAGAGAAUUAGAAUUUGAGGCCGCGAUACUGAAAGACAAUGCAGGGCCUACGGAAACAGAGAAAGCAGAGCCUGUGGUUACUGAAGUGGAUGAAAACCGAGGUACACAAGAAAUUCAAUCAUCCAAGCAAGAGGAAGAAGAGAAACCAAAGGAAGCAUCUGAUACAGCGGAGGUUCACCAACCCAAAGACUCGGAUAUUGAGGCGGUGAAAGAGACUGGCAACUCAGUAUCAGAAGCAAUUCAUGUACAAGAAGAGAACAUAGAUCCCCUGUCUAAUGGAGUGGAGGAAAAGCCAAGAGAAGAAUUACAAAUAAAUAACGAAGUUGUGGAAACUAUUAAGGAGGUGGAGCCUGAGAAAGCAACCGAAAAAAGUGAAGAAUCUAUAGAUGACACAAUCAAAAACUCCACUCUCAAAGAAGAGGAAAGUGUAACUAACACCAAAGUGAAUACUCAACAAGUUUCACUAAAUGACUCUGCAAAUCUGGUGGAACCUUCUCCUGAAGUUGAAGAAAAGGUUGUUGUAGAAGAUGUCAAGAAAGAAGUAGUCGGUGAUACGGAGAACCCUACCAGUGUCGAGGAAAAGGUUGAUGUUGCUGCAGAAAAUGUAAAGAAGGAACCAGAAGCACCUGAUGCUGUCCAAGUAUCCUCAAGAGAGGCGGAGGUUGAGAUCAAGAAGGCUGAGGAACAGAAUGAAGCAAAGACAGUUGACACGAAGGUGGAUGAAAUCUCUAAAGCUGUUAGUGAACCUGUUAGAGAAACACUGGCAUCUAAAUUCGAAGAAAAAGACGAGGAGGAGAAAACUAUUCAAACAGAAGAGGAUAGUUCGAAGAAAAAACAAAUCGAAGAGCCAGUGAAAACUGAGGUUGAAGCCAGUAAGGAAAAUGAUACAACAACAGUAUCCAAGGACCUUCCAAAAGAAACUCCAACCAAGCCAGCUCAGAAGCAAUCAAGUAACAUUAUAUCAAAGGUAAAACAGUCAUUAGUGAAGGCAAAAAAGGCCAUCACUGGUAAAUCUCCAUCCUCCAAAAACCUGAACUCAGAUCAAAAGGGGGACAUUAAAGUCAAAUAA